UGGCCCAGUCCCAAAGAUGAUUUCUGAAAAGCGAGCCCUGGGCAGGAGGAGGUACGACGAGGACCUCUCGGACGUGGAGGAGAUCGUCAGCGCCAGGAGCUUCGACCUGGAGGAGAAGCUGCGGAGCCGGGCGUACGGCGGGGACUUCGUGAGAGCCAUGGACGGCCGAGAUUUUACUUUUGAGUAUGUGCAAAAAGAAGCUCUCAGAGUUCCCCUUAUCUUCAGAAAUAAGGAUGGACUGGGAAUUAAAAUGCCUGACCCGGAUUUCACCGUCAGAGAUGUGAAGCUAUUAGUGGGAAGCCGACGGAUAGUGGAUGUGAUGGAUGUGAACACGCAGAAAGGUGUCGAAAUGAGCAUGUCUCAAUUUGUGAGGUACUAUGAAACACCGGAGGCCCAGCGCGAAAAACUCUACAACGUCAUCAGCCUGGAGUUCAGUCACACGAAGCUGGAGAACAUCGUCAAGCGCCCCAAUGUGGUGGACUUAGUCGACUGGGUGGAUAAUAUGUGGCCGCAGCAUUUGAAGGAGAGACAGACGGAUGCUACCAAUGCUAUUUCAGAGAUGAAAUACCCAAAAGUGAAAAAGUACUGUUUGAUGAGUGUGAAAGGAUGCUUCACUGAUUUUCAUAUUGAUUUUGGUGGCACUUCAGUGUGGUAUCACGUUUUCCGUGGGGGGAAGAUCUUCUGGCUGAUUCCGCCUACUCUGCAGAAUCUAGAACUUUAUGAAGAAUGGGUGCUCUCAGGAAAGCAAAGUGAUAUCUUUCUGGGAGACAGGGUGGAAAGAUGCCAAAGAAUUGAACUCAAACAAGGCUAUACGUUCUUCAUUCCUUCAGGGUGGAUACAUGCGGUUUAUACUCCGGUAGAUUCUCUGGUGUUUGGUGGAAAUAUCCUGCAUAGCUUUAAUGUUCCCAUGCAGCUUCGCAUCUAUGAAAUUGAGGACAGAACAAGGGUGCACGCCAAAUUCCGUUAUCCUUUCUACUAUGAAAUGUGCUGGUAUGUUCUGGAGAGAUACGUGUCCUGUGUGACCCAGCGCUGCCACCUCAGCAAAGAGUACCAGAGAGAAUCAAUGUUAAUUGAUGCAAGAAGAAAACACAGCAUAGAUAGCUACUCAUCAGAUUCGUGGUUAGACAUGGAUGAAGAAUCUUGUGAUGCCCAUAUCCAGGAGGAAAAGGAUGACAGCUUGGAUAAGAACUCCAAAUCCCUGGUGGAUGGCUCCUCCUCGCCCAACAGCACGCACUCAGAGGAAAAGGAGGGUGCAGGGAGAAAACAGAAAGCCACAGUAAUGAGGUACCUAAAAAGAACUUUGUCUAAUGAAUCAGACGACAGUGUAAAAUCAACGACCCCCACGGAUUAUCCCAAAACGCCAACGGGGUCUCCAGCUACAGAAGUUUCAACCAAAUGGACUCACCUCACAGAAUUUGAACUGAAGGGUUUAAAAGCCCUGGUGGAAAAGCUUGAAUCUCUCCCAGAGAACAAGAAGUGUGUUCCAGAAGGCAUCGAGGAUCCGCAGGCUCUCCUGGAGGACAUGAAGAACAUACUGAAGGAACAUGCUGAUGAUGACCAAAAUCUUGCCAUUUCGGGUGUCCCUGUGGUCAGCUGGCCCAAGAAGACCCCAAAGAACAGGGCAGUCGGACGGCCCAAAGGGAAGCUGGGCACUGCUUCUGCGGUGAAGCUCGCAGCUAACCGGACGACCGCUGGAGCACGCCGGAGGAGGACGCGAUGCCGCAAGUGCGAGGCGUGUCUGCGGACAGAGUGCGGCGAGUGUCACUUCUGCAAGGACAUGAAGAAGUUCGGGGGGCCUGGCAGGAUGAAACAGUCCUGCAUUAUGAGGCAGUGUAUCGCACCGGUGUUGCCUCAUACUGCUGUAUGUCUGGUGUGUGGAGAAGCUGGGAAAGAGGACACUGUGGAAGAGGAGGAGAGCAAGUUUAAUCUCAUGCUAAUGGAAUGCUCCAUUUGUAAUGAAAUAAUACACCCAGGAUGCCUUAAGGUGAAGGAAUCAGAUGGUGUGGUUAACGAUGAGCUGCCGAACUGCUGGGAGUGUCCAAAGUGCAACCAUGCAGGGAAAACUGGAAAACAAAAGCGCGGACCAGGAUUCAAAUACGCAUCAAAUCUCCCAGGCUCAUUGCUGAAGGAACAGAAAAUGAACAGAGACAAUAAGGAAGUAACAGAUGCUGCAAAACGGAAAGGGGACUGUGAAGAAACUCCCAGGCGGAAAUCUGAGGAACAUUCCAAAAAGACUCAAGUUGACUCAAUACUGAGGAGAAAGUCAGACGAAGUACAUCUGCGGAGGAAAAGGAAAUUUGAGAAACCCCAGGAACCCUCUAUGAGAAAACGGCGGCGAUCGUGGAAGGCUUCAGAUGACCGAGCUGCCAUGAUCAAACCCCUGCGGCGCCUCAAGCAGGAGCCGGAGGAUGAGCUGCCAGAAGCACCCCCCAGGUCCAAGGACAGUGACCAGUCGCGCUCCAGCUCGCCCACCGCGGGUCCCAGCACGGAGGGCGCCGAGCCCAGGGACAAGAAGAAGUUCAAGAUGAGGCGGAAAAGGCGGCUUCCCAAUAAGGAACUGAGCAAGGAGCUCAGCAAGGAGCUCAACCAGGAGAUCCAAAAAACCGAGAACAGCCUUGCCAAUGAGAAUCACCAACCCAUCAAAUCCGAACCGGAGAGUGAAAACGAGGAGCCUAAGCGCGCUUUGAGCAACAGCGAGAGACUGCAUAGGUUCAACAAGGGUUUGAACGGGACUCCCCGGGAGCUGAGGCACCAGCUCAUCCCCAGCCUGCGAAGCACCCCUCGGGGAAUAACCCGGCCCCCGCCUUCGCUCUCUCCUCCCAAAUGCAUUCAGAUGGAGCGGCACGUUAUCCGGCCGCCUCCCAUCAGCCCCCCUCCGGACUCGCUCCCCCUGGAUGACGGGGCAGCCCACGUGAUGCAGCGGGAAGUCUGGAUGGCUGUCUUUAGCUACCUCAGUCAUAGAGACUUGUGCAUCUGUAUGAGAGUUUGCAAGACCUGGAACAGAUGGUGCUGUGACAAAAGAUUAUGGACCAAAAUAGAUUUAAACCAUUGUAAAUCCAUCACUCCACUUAUGCUUAGUGGCAUUAUUAGGAGACAGCCUGUAACCCUUGAUCUUAGCUGGACAAAUAUAUCUAAAAAGCAGCUGAGCUGGCUUAUCAACAGACUGCCAGGUCUUCGAGACCUGCUGUUAUCAGGGUGCUCAUGGAUAGCAGUGUCAGCACUUUGUAGUUCCAGUUGUCCUUUACUCCGAACUCUGGACGUGCAGUGGGCAGAAGGCCUGAAAGACGCCCAAAUGAGAGACCUCUUGUCGCCACCCACAGAUAACCGGCCAGGUCAGAUCGACAACCGGAGUAAGCUACGGAACAUAGUUGAACUGCGCCUCGCUGGCCUGGAUAUUACCGACGCGUCUUUGCGGCUGAUCAUAAGGCACAUGCCUCUGCUCUCCAAACUCAAUCUCAGUUACUGUAAUCACGUGACAGAUCAGUCUAUUAACCUGCUGACCGCAGUUGGAACCACCACGCGGGAUUCAUUAACAGAAAUUAAUUUAUCAGACUGCAAUAAGGUUACUGACCAGUGCCUGUCUUACUUCAAACGUUGUGGAAACAUCUGCCAGAUCGACUUGAGGUACUGCAAGCAAGUGACAAAAGAAGGCUGUGAGCAGUUCAUAGCAGAGAUGUCAGUAAGUGUUCAGUUUGGGCAAGUGGAAGAAAAACUUCUGCAAAAACUGAGUUAGUUAAAGGACAUGUGUAAAUACUGGGGUGGGGGGGUUGGGGGGGGAACUAAGAACAUGUAGGGAUUUUAUUUUCAAUUGGGAACUUGGAAUAUUGGAAGAUGCCGCAAUUGGAUUUUACAACUCUUAUCGAGAACAACGUUAAACUACCCAUGUUAAGAAUUUCAACCUGUGCCACUAAUUCAGUCUACCUGGGAUGUCCUGCACUGGCUCUUAUGCAAAUUCAUAAGGCGACUGUUAUUGAUGAUAAUUGUUCACACCCGGAAGAAGACUGAUCUCCAAGAAAUACUGUUAUUUAAAGUACCACAGCAUGUGCUUGGUAGUGUAAAUUUGAUUUCUGCUUUUCAUUUCUUAAAACAACAAAAAAAAAGUUGGUGUCAUUAAAGUGGACCACGCACUGCAUUUCUGCCUUCUUAACACAUUUUGUUUUGUUACAUCUUACAUUAUGCAGAACUAUUUUUGUACAAAAAUUGUUUAAAAAUUAUUUAUGCAAUGUUUGAAUGCAUUACCAGUGUUUCGGUUUUGAUUGCCAAUUUUUAUCUUUACUUAUGGUAGGAGAGAACUUAACCUAUACUUCGUAGACAGUAUCUAUCUACAAACGUGCCCAGGUCAGGAAAAGUAGGUUAAUACUUUCAACUUAAAGCAUGUUUUAAUGGAAGUUUAUAUCCUGCUUUGUAUACUUCAGAAGUGACAUAAGCAUGUUGUGGAAAUAAGGUGUAAAUUAUAGUUGAAGUAAAACACUUUGCCAAGUUUUAUCUGUAUAGAAAUCACCUUUUUCUCAAAAUUUUAAAAAUUCCAAUUUCAGCUUUUGCACAUAGGAGGGUUUCACUCUGUAGCAUGAGCUCUUGUACUCAAUAUAAAAUUAAUUUAUACAGUGAGUCCAGCAGUAGAAUAAAUGGUCAAACGUAGUCUCUCUUUCUUUGAAGUGUGAGUUGAGUUCUCAUUUAAGGUUUAUAACAUGGUUAUUUCCUGAUUGUAAAAUUCUGCAUUCAUAAGUGCCAUUGUUGUAAGGUGUUGUUUUCGUAGACCUUCCUGAUGCAGUUUUACCUUUGUUGAAUUUGUAUAAACAAUUGUACAAAAACAGA